GGGGAGAGGCUCCGGCGCUCAGCUGGGCGCUACCGGCAGCUGCUGCCGUGCUGCACCGCGGGCGGUGGCGGCUCCCGGAACCGCAGCUUUGGGGCUCGGAGCUCAGCCGGGAAGUAGAGCAGAGUUUCGCUGCUCGCUCUUUUCUUUUUGUUUUUCUUUUUUUUGGUGACUGACCUUUUUUUAUAAUCAUUCUUUUUAAUCCCUUCCCCCGCUCCUCCCGAGUGCGGUGCGUGUGCCACCCGGGGAGGAUGCGCGCCUCCCCCAGCCCCUUCCCCGGCAGCUCCCUCCGCGGCGGUGGGGCGCGGGGGGCCGCGGGGGGCCGCGGGACUGGGGGCGCCCUAAGCCGCACCUGUCCGCGCCGCGCAGCGCCCCCCGCGCUCCGCCGCCGCUCCCCGCCGCCCCUCGGUGCCUGAGUGUCCGGCAUCGCACCGCACACACGCCCGGAGGCACUCACGCACUGACUCGCAGCACUCUGCCCAGGCUGCCGAGCAGCGCCGCCAGCAGCCCCCUCACUCCUUCCCACCUCCUCCCUCGCUCCCGCCCGCUGCUCCGGAGGAUGCCCGGGAAAGUUAAGCUGGAAAAGGAUUAGCCUUUCAAACAAAGCAGUAUUCUGUGCCUCAUAAACUCCUUCAUGUCCGCACCAUCAUUGAUGCUCAGCAAGUUGUACACCAUUUCAGCAGAAAUGUCUGAUCUUUCCAUCUGCAUAUCUGGAGUUGCUUCAUGCCUCCGCUGGUCUUUUCAGUAACCACUAAAGACUUCUUGAGACUGAACACUGGAACAGAUGAGUUAAAUUCUUCUUGAAUAUUCUUUGUUGGAAGUGGAUGUAUUGGACUUUCUGAAUGUGCAUAAGGACACAAAGAUUGAAGAAGUCCUGAAGAUUGAUGGAGGGCCAUGCUAUUCAAACAGCAGGUGUUGCUAAGACAGAAGCUCUUUGUGCUGGGCAGCCUUGCUAUUGGAAGUCUCCUAUAUCUAGUUGCCAGAGUUGGGAGCUUGGAUAGACUGCAGCCCCUCUGCCCCAUCGAUGGUCGAUUUGGACCCCGCAGCCAGGAUGAAAUCCCGCUGCGAGCUCUGCAGUUCAAGCGAGGGCUACUCCAUGAGUUCCGUAAGGGCAAUGCCACGAAGGAGCAAAUACGACUGCACAAUCUGGUCCAGCAGCUUCCCAAGGCCAUCAUCAUUGGGGUGCGGAAAGGAGGCACACGUGCACUGUUAGAGAUGCUGAAUCUUCACCCUGCAGUGGUCAAAGCUUCUCAAGAGAUUCAUUUCUUUGACAACGAUGAGAACUAUGCCAAGGGGACUGAGUGGUACCGGAAAAAAAUGCCUUUUUCUUACCCUCAUCAAAUAACAAUUGAGAAAAGCCCCGCAUAUUUUAUCACUGAGGAAGUACCUGAAAGGAUUUACAAAAUGAACUCGUCUAUCAAAUUAUUGAUCAUUGUCAGGGAACCCACCACAAGAGCUAUUUCUGAUUACACUCAGGUGCUGGAAGGCAAGGAAAGAAAGAACAAAACUUACUACAAAUUUGAAAAGCUGGCUAUUGAUCCUAAUACCUGUGAAGUGAACACUAAGUAUAAGGCAGUGAGAACCAGCAUCUACACAAAACACCUGGAGAGAUGGUUAAAAUAUUUCCCAAUUGAGCAGUUUCAUAUUGUAGAUGGAGACCGGCUCAUCACAGAACCACUGCCAGAACUCCAGCUGGUUGAGAAGUUCCUAAAUCUUCCUCCGAGGAUAAGUCAGUACAAUUUAUACUUCAAUGCCACCAGAGGGUUUUAUUGCUUGCGAUUUAACAUUGUCUUUAAUAAGUGCCUGGCAGGUAGCAAGGGACGCAUUCAUCCAGAGGUGGACACCUCUGUCAUUACCAAAUUGCGCAAGUUCUUUCAUCCUUUUAAUCAAAAAUUUUACCAGAUCACUGGGAGGACAUUUAACUGGCCCUGACCUAAACUUCAUACAACGUUUUCAGAUGCAUCUGAGACAUGCAGUAAUGUCUCUGCUAAAAUAUGCACUUUUCACAGACAUGUUAUCAAAGUAACAUUUUUCAUGCAUACGUGUACAUAUGCAGUGUGUGACCAAAUAUACAGUGGGAUCAAUUUUUUCUACAGAAUAGUAACUAGCGUUAAUUUACCGUCCACAUAGUUGCAUCUUUUAAGAUAUGCUAACAAAGAACAAAGAGGUACUAAAGGAAAUAAAGUCAGACACCAUUAAAAGGGUCAGUGUUCCUCUUGCUUGAAGUGUUUAUGUGACAUACUUAUUGAUCUAAUCAGAAUGUUAGUUUAUGUCAUACAAAUUCAUGUCAAAAGUCUGUGAAGCUGUGAGAAAGCAUAAUAUUCAGACUAUAUUUGGUAUGUGUAUUGCUGAAGGAAUACUGACACUUUAAAUACCAUGCUGAAUUUUUACAAUGAGAGUGGAUAGUACUAUUUUCUUAUGAUUUGAAAUUAAUAUCUCAUAAAACUGCAUUGGUUCGGAGUUCCUGUGGUGAGUUUGCACUAUUGUUUUAUUGUAUGGACCAUAGUGUCACUUGUAGCAUGUCAAUCAUGUGUCAAAAAAAAGUCAAAUAACUUUUUCUUCUAUGAUUGAGUGUCGGCAAAGACAAACAUCAUGUACAUAGUGUACAAUGUUUGUAAAUACUGGUUUCACACUAAGUAAUUCUAUUUUGUAAACUGAAUAUGGCUAUUUAAUUUAUUGUGAAAAUUAAAUUUAUUGUGGUAUUUAAAAAUGGAAUGGAUUAAAAUUACCUAUAUGCACAACUGUUA